AUGGCCUCGGAUGACGGCUCGGACGACUUUGAAGUCCUAGGGAUGGACGACUCGCCGCAGGAAGCCCCAUCUGUAUCUGCGCGCAACGAUGUCCAGCAAGUGCGGCCUGCGUCACCCCUUUCCCCAGCUUUGAGCGACCUUUCAGAUCUCGUCGAUGAAGACGACUUUGGGGUCAUAGAGAUGGCCAGCGAUACCCAGCAAGGCUCUGACGACGCCUCCUUGGACGCCCCAGCGGCCUUGGCGACAAGCGGAGGGGAGUCCCCAGCAAGCCACUCCUCGAAAGCUGAUUCUUCCACUGGCGUCGUCAGAGGCCUUGAAUCUGUCGACCAAGUCUGCCAGCCCAUGUGCCCUCUUCAUGCUCUUCUAGUGACCCAGCAAGUCCUUGCCGUACGGGAGAACAAUAAGCUCGCACCAGUCGACACACAAGAACAGCGCAUCCGCAGUUUCUUGAAAAAAGAGAAGAAUUUUGAGCCUUUGUUGAGCCUGGGGCGCACCAUCGUCCCAGAGUGCGGUCAUCCCAUCUCAGAACAUGUGGACAGGCCUUUGUUCAAGACAAACCUAAAGUUCCCAAUCGGGCUCACUAGAGAAGAAUCUGUAAUCAAAGGGGAGGUCAAUGUGGAGAGAAUAUCAACCGUUCUUUCUGACAACCUAGUGGGCGAAUACGCCGCUGUCUUUUCCUUCACACCAAAGCUUCGAGAGGACAGUUUACACGCAACAGUGGCACUCGUCUGCAUUAAGAUCUCAAGCGCUGGUGACGAAGAGCCUUCCUACCGCUACAUCUUCCUCCACCGUGGUCUUGGCUCGGAACACGAGGCAGACAUCGAAGCCGUGACGAAAGCCUCGACGCCAGACGGGGCGCAAUUCGUCGCUGAGCUCCUUCGCCAAAACGAUAGUACUGCGUUCGAAGCACAUCUCUUCGGAAUCACUGGGCCAACAUCUACUCUCAACGCAGGGACACCGUCAGCUAGCCUUGCAUCGCAACCGAUGGAAGAGGGAUCGGACGCCAAACCCCUUUCUUUCUCACAGGAGCCACCUCCCUACAGCGAAUUUGCGAAUUCACCGACGACAACCCAAGGAGCAGUGACUUCCGACGAUGGGACGGGCCCCCCUCCCCCCAUCUAUGACCAAGUCGAAGAACCUCCGCAACCCAAGCGGCGAGGUACAGUCAGGACACCACGGGGACCGCGCAAGUCCAGUGGGCAGGAUCUCAGUUGGAUGCUUUCCCUACAAUCCCAGCCAUUAAUCCUCUCAUCGCCGCCACCACCUCCACCCGCCGCAGAACCCGAAGCCCAAACAAGCACAUCUUCCAAGGCCAAUGAGGAUGGUAGCGAUGCCAGGGUUCAGGUGUUCAGCGAAGAUAAGCUCCAGCUUUUAUUUGGCCCUCCCAAGGGGACACAGAGGGACGACAACGCAUCCGUUGUGCAAGCAAAAGACAAAGGAAAAGGAAAGGAAAAGGAAGUCGAAGAACUCAACACCAGCACCGACAGUAAUAGAUCAGCGACUUCCAGAAAGAAAUACGGCGAUUUUCAAUGGCAACGCGACCUCAUUGCAUUGUCCAUUAAACCUGGUUGGGAGGUGAAGCCAGACAGCCCUGCGCAGCAGGCCAGGAGUCGACAACCAAGAGCCAGCUCGAGCUCGAGACCAGUCAGAAAGGCAGAGGCUUGGUCGCCUCUGAUGCUUCGACCAGAAUUGAUGGAGAGUGCCACCAAAACCCCUACGACACCAAUGAUCGACGAGAGAGACGACGCUGGAAGCUCUACAAGCACCAAGGGCAAGGGGAAGGAGAACGAGACGACAGUUCCAUCGAGAAGCUCUUCCAGAGCACAGGGAGACGAUGUGGCCUCACCACGAGCUUCCCUAUACCGCGCGGUGCGUAACGAUUUCGCCUGGCAACUCGCCCUGGCCUCGACCACCCUGAAGCCCUCUGAGGAUUACAUGAGGGAGAGGGAGGAAAGGAAGAAGAAAAUACAGAUGGAGCUAGGCCUUGUUCCGUUCGACUGUCUCGUAUGCUUCGAGACGAUCGAAUGGGAGGAUGGUGCACGGAUGACCGGCUGCGAGCAUUCGUUCUGCAAGGAUUGUAUCAGUGGCCAUAUUCAGUCUAAAUUGGACGAGAACCUGUUUCCAGUGGUUUGUCCUGUCUGUUUGGCGGACCAGGAUAGGCAGGCGAAAGGAACUGUGGAGGAGCCACUGGUGCUCGACCUCGAUUUGGAUGAGAAGUAUCAAGACAGAUUUAUCGACCUUCAACUCGCGCAGUUGUCGAUCCAGAUUGACUGUCCAGGGUGCAAGCAGAGUAUGAUGAUUGCGCGAGAAGAUUACCUCGCUGAGCCCUUUAUCGUUUGUCCUUUGCAAUUCUGUCAUGCAAGGUUCUGUCGGGCGUGCCGAGUGACUGUCUACGGAGACACGGCGGAUCAUGCUUGCAAGAUCGACGAGGCGUUGGAUAAGCUGAUGCAAGAGAAUGGCUGGCGUUACUGUCCUGGAUGCAAGACCCCGAUCCAGAAAGCAUCUGGUUGCAACCAUAUGACUUGUGGAACUCCAGGCUGUUCCGUCCACUUCUGCUACACCUGCGGAGAAUCGAUCUGGGAUACGAACUCUCCUGAUUCGCUUGCAACUUGUCUGUCACAACACUAUUCCAACUGUGCGCAAUUUGAUCCUGAACCUCGCGAGGUUCCCGCUGAAGUGAACGCCGCUGGCGGAGCUGCACACCGUAGACGCCGGCUGCAAGCUGGGGAUCGCGAUUGUUUAAUUCAGUGA